GCGCGGACGGUUCUCGAACGAGUCGAAGGGGAUGAGCACCGGCGUCGACUACCACGCCGAGGGCGUGAAACUCCUCGCGCUCCAAGAUAAGCCCGCCCCCCCCGGACGCGACGCCUUCUACGAGGACGUCACCGCGAUAUUCAAGCUCCCGAACGGCGGGACGUUUUACAUAGGAAACAUCCGCGCCGCGCAGAGCGCGCAGACGCUCGCGAAGCAUCGCAUCGCGAACGUCAUAAACGCGCAAGACGUCGACACGGAAAACUUCCACGAGCACGACCCGGCGUUCACGUACCUGCGGUUCCCGAUCGCGCACUGGUGGAGCGCGCCGGACAUCAACACGACCGCGGGCGUGCUCGCCUUCUACCGCCCGCUGUUCGCGUUCGUGAAGGAGAAGCUCGGCAAGGGGGAGAACGUCAUGGUGCACUGCCUCGCGGGCGCGCACAGGGCGGGGACGUCGGGGGUGAGCUGCGUGAUGUACUUCCUGGGCCUGGGCGCCGUGGACGCGGUGAAGUACGUGAAAGAGCGCAGGCCGAUCGUGGACCCGAUCGGGGGGUUCCCGGACUUGCUCUCGCGGCUGGACUUGGCGUUGAGAGAGCGGCGGUGAGGUGGGUGAUGCUAGUAUGAUAUCAUGACGACGACGAGGCGCCAGCUGGCGGGAGGGGGACGCGGCGCGACGAGUAUCAUAGUAACGUGCGCAAAUUUCAGCGUCGAUAUAACAAGAAAUGUUUCG